AAAACUUAAAGAUUUUCCAAGAUGGCGCCAUGGCGCAUUUCCUUAUCCCCGUCAAUUUGUUGUUACCGGUGAUGUACGCGUAGAUCAACGGCACAGAAUACAAUCGAGCAGCAGUGGAGCAGUGUGACGCUCGACGAUGGGCUUGCAGGACGCCGUGUACUCUACGGUCACUACGCCGUUCAAUAUCAUUUACAGGACGAGUACGGGGGCCGCCUCGUACGCCUGGAAUGCGGCCACGUCGGCGACGAAUCACUUGGGAAUAAAACCGAAGAAAGUCGAAAUAAAAAUGGCACCGCCGGUACCUUUAUGGAAAUUAGCCGCUGCCAGCGGUCCGUACGUGAGACUUGCGGCUCUCAGCGGUGCGGCAGCUGUGAUUCUCGGCGCCAUCGGAUCCCACCGACAUUAUUCUAAGGAUGAAAUAGGACAAGAGCAGCGUCGUAUCUUCGAAACAGCGAAUCGAUACCAUUUUAUACACACUUUGGCCUUACUUGGAUUACCAUUGUGCAAAUUUCCAGCCUUAGCUGCGACUUUUAUGCUUUCUGGAAUUGUAUUGUUUUGCGGUAGCUGUUAUUACACUGCAUUAACUAAUAACAGACGAUUCAGCGCGACAACGCCGAUCGGAGGAUUUUGCUUUAUAUUAGGAUGGUGCUGUAUGUUCUUGUAAACAUUGCUGCAAAAAUUGGCGUUUUUCAUAUAGGGAAGCAAAUAAAGCCUUCGGCACAUGAUAUGAUUUUUCAUACUAGCACGCAUACGAGGCGUGUUACGAUUGGUAAUAUAAUCAUCCGAGCCAAUCAGGAUACGUAAUAAGACAUCUCGUAUGCGAUCUAGCAUGAAAAAUCGUGUGCUAAAGGUUUAAUUAAGUGAUAAACCCAGUAAUACAAUGCAUGAUGUAAAAAAAAAAAGAGAAGCAAUAUUUAAUAACAUAAGAGUGGAUGGUUAAAGAUUUAUAUAAAAGAAAAAGGUAAAACUAAGAUAUUUACAGUAAGAUUUAAAAGUAUACAAAUAAAAUAAUUUUUAUAAUAUCAAUAUCAAUUGAUGUAUUCGACAAUUAUUGGUCGAUUUUAUUUCCAGAAGAUAAUAGAGGUAAAAGUAAAUAAAAAAUAUAAUUUUGCG